UACAAUGAAAAAAAAGUCUUUUCUGGAUUCAUUGAAAUUGAGACUGUUAUGAAGCUCUUGUGUUUGCUGUUCUUUAGCUUAAGUAAAAAAAUUAUAACCAAAGGUACACCAAAUCCUAAAUGUCCCUCAGAAAAAAUUUGCGGUAAUGUAAGCGAAUUAAUGGAAGUUUGUAUUUUGGAUGAGACUGAAAAUUGCAUAAGAAAAUUUAAGUCAAGUUGUCACAUGGCGAUCGCCGGCUGUCUUAAUCGUAAUUUACAAUUCACCGACUACAGCAACGAGUAUUGCGGCAUGGAAGGUUGGUUGUGCGAAGAGCCACCCUACGAACGCUGGACGCUCUUCUUUGGCCAAGAGGGUGAGGGUGAGUGAGUGACGACUCAGCCAACUCAAUUGAUCGCCAACGACACAUGUGUAACUUAAUUAGGUAGCAUUUCAAUAAUAAUAAUAAAUAAUCAAUCAUCGCGCAACGGUCCGUUCACGUGCCAGACGCCGACGACUACGUCAAAGACCGGUAGGGGGCAACCGAUUGCCGCCAGCGUUUUUUCGCACUCAAUGAGACAGAACGACGCCUCGGGCCUUUUUAUACGAUUUCUGUCGAUUUUUUUUCACACUGGCUUUUUUUUGCGCUUUUUGAGUUAUUUUUGGGUCUUCGACGGGUGCUUUGCAUAAUCUCUGGCCGCGGCGCCGCAGCCAUUGGCCUCCUCCUCCAUCGCCAAUCGGCAGAGAGCUCCAGUCCGGCCCCAUGUGCAUAUAUAAAAAGUGGACCCAUCCGAAUUUCGGUUGUCAGUUGAUGUCCAUCGAACGAAUCAAUUCCAGGCACAGCCAUGAGCAGUGGGUCGCUUAAGUUCUAUCUGAUAUGUCUGCUCGUGAUCUGCGCGAUCGGUUGGAGUGCCGGAAUGGCGCGUUUGGAACUUUCGCGGCAGGAACUGGAGGAGCGGUAUCGACAAACACCGCCUGUGCCGGAUGAACGAGAUGCCGAUGCCGAAAUGGAUAGUGCCUACGAUCGGCUUCCACCCAGACCCCAAAGUCCGCACUCAAAAGGCUAAUCCCAAGCCAACUGCAAUCGAUUUGUGUUCCAUUCACAGUGCCACUUUUUAUGUCGCAUUCAGGGUUAUGGCUAUGUAGUUCUAAGCUUAGGCGAAUUGU